CUCCGCCGCAGACGUCGACGUAACGCGCCGAUAGAGUUUCCCUUGUCGCGACUCUGACUCCCACAUCUGCCUUCUCCCUACAGGCUACAGCCAUACACCGAUCUUAUAGAGAGUUAGUCACUGUAGGAAUAUAAGGCUCAGAACAAAGCGAUUCGACACUGGCUUCACCGCAGGCGAUCAUAGUCCAAGAUGUCUGCGCCUGUUCCUCAAGAAGAACUCUCGAUCCUCGAAGCGCUGGUCAAUAUUCGCAACAGGUUGACAGCAUUGAAGAAGGAUAGAGGUGAAUUUAUCAAGGCAUCUGAUGUCAACUCCCUUUAUCAAGCUGUGGUCAAGCAAGGUCUAUCCCGUUCUCUGUUGAGCUUCCCCAUCUGAAACUUAAAUCUCGUCAGUUACCAAGUUAAACGACGUACGGGACGAUUAUACUUCGUAUAACAAUCGACUGGACACAACGUUAGCCGACGUUUUCAGUCUCCUUUCCUUAUUCUACCUCACCAUCGGCAAGACGAAAGAUGCGCCAGCUACCUACUCUCAAAUUGCAUCCAUGCGACAAAUCCUCAAUCACAUGAAUGAGUCGGCAUUAUACAACGAAUCCGACCUUGCACCCUUCCAGAAACGGAUCAAAGAGUUGCGACAAAUUCUUCAGCGCGAUACGGCGGAAGGAAAGCACCCACAAGCACUCAUCAAACUAUUAGAAAGACAAGUAAACAAAUGUGAUGAUACUGUCAAAUCGCUGGAAGAGUCUCUUUCAGUCCUAUCCGUGGAACUCAUCCCGAUCCAUGAGAAGCUCGUUACAAUUCGACGGAAACUCGUUGCCCUUGCUGCUAAGCAAGGUUCACACAAAGCUGAGCUCAAACCACUGCAAGAAGAGCUCCGGAAAAUAGAUUCUCAGAGAGUCGACGGGAAAUUCCUCGGACCAGGGGGUAUAGUCCCAGCAUCUCAAGCCCUUUGUUCGUCGCUUCUAGAAGAAUGUUUCGAGAUAGCGCAGGAAGUUAAGGCCAAUGAAGAGUCUAGGAACGUCGCGUCCUCGUUAAAACCCAUUCACGAUCGACUUAGUGAUCUUCGAUCUGAGUUGGAAGGACUAGUUCUGACACACCGAUGGAGUCUGCGGGAGACGGAUCUAUGGAAUUAUUCUCUGAGUCUACAGGAAAUCGACAAGAUGCGGGUCGAUGGCAAAUUUCUGGACUCGGAAGGAAAUCGUCCCGCAGGACAAUAUGUUUUGUUAUACCUGCUGCGAAGAUGCUACGGCCUCAUAUACCGCCUUCUGUCCUCGAGCGAGCCCGUGUCUGAAGAACUCAUGCCUAUCGCAAACAAACUUUCUACCGUCAAGAAAUGUCUGAACGAGGUCCUCAAGUACGGUGGUCCGUUUAAUCCGCGUGAUUUAUACCCGUACCAGCUAGCUCUCCAUCAAAUCGAGUCGAGGCGGAAAGAUGGGAAAUUCAUGGCGGCAGAUGGAACAGUGCCUGAGGGACAGGGGAUUAUAAUGGCUCACUUGAACGAAUGCCACGAGCUGAUUGAAAUGUUAAAGGAGGCUAUGGACGAAGGAGAUUUUGAUGAUGAUGACGACGACGAUGAAUAUGAAGAGGAAGACGACGACGAGACUGUACAGGAAGAAAGACAGUUUCGAUGAUGGUCUUCGUGGUUUCUUCUCGCAAAAAACACGCACAAGACUGUGUAACCUUUUGUACUGCAAGAGUAUCUGACAGUUACCCUACUGUAUAUCAUCUAGUAUUAAGUAGAUCGCUAGAAAUGGACCUCCGUGAACACGCGGCCGUUUCCUUUGGUCUAUUCAACACGCGUUUGAUUGCAUUGAAAACGAGGAUUUCGAUCGC